AUGCCUAUUCCCUUGAUCACGCAGGGAAUUCGAGAUGGCAUCUCGUCCAUCCCCUAUGCUGCUCAUAUCCUCCGAGUCGCGCCCUGGGUGCUUAUCCUGGCUGCACUCAAGUACUACUUUGGGGGAGCCCGCAAUGGCUCCGAGCGGGUGAUGCACUCCAAGGUGGUGAUGGUGACAGGCGGCACAUCAGGUAUAGGAGCUAGCGUCGUCCACGAACUCGCAUCGCGCGGCGCCCAAGUCAUCAUUCUCACACAACACUCCCCCUCGGACAUCUUCCUAGUCGACUACAUCGAAGACGUACGCAGGUCAACCGGCAACCAUCUCGUCUUCGCAGAGCAAGUCGACCUAUCCUCGCUACACUCCGUCCGCACCUUCGCCACGAAGUGGAUCGACAACGUCCCGGCCCGCCGACUGGACAUGCUCAUCCUGUGCGCCAACACCGCCUCCCCAUCCUCCUCCCUGUUGUCCACCUCCCCCCGCCGAGUCACCCAAGACGGCCUCGACGAAGAAUGGCAGGUCAACUACCUCUCCAACUUCCACCUCCUCAGCAUCCUCUCCCCAGCGCUCCGAGCCCAGCCCGCCCACCGCGACGUGCGCGUCAUCUUCACCACCUGCGCCAGCUACAUGGGCGCACGUCUGGACCUCAAACAAGCCGACACAGCCCCCGUCCCAGCAACCCACAACCUUCCCACGCAGUCCAAAUCCAAACCCAACUCGAAGCAACAAACCCCCCCACCAAAGAACAAACCCAGCAGCCUCUUCGGCGUCUCCAAACUCUCCCUCAUGGUCUUCGCCCACACCUUCCAGAAACACCUCAACGCAGUCAAGCGUCCCGACAACCAACCGCCUUGCACGCGCGUUCUCGUCGUCGACCCGGGCUUCAGUCGCACCCCCGGCAUGCGCCGCUGGCUCACGGGCGGAUCCCUCUGGGGGCUGCUCUUCUACCUAAUCACCUGGCCCGUGUGGUGGCUGAUCCUCAAAUCGCCGCAGCAAGGCGCCCAAAGUAUUCUCUACGCGGCGAUGGAAGCUCGCUACGGCCGCGGCGAAGGCGGCUGGAUGAUCAAGGAGUGUUGCGAGGUGGGAUACGCCCGGCAUGAGAUUACGGAUGAGGCGGUCGCGAAGCGCCUGUGGGAGUUCAGCGAGAAGCAGAUCGAGACAGUCGAGACGGAGACUGCUAUUAAGAGAGCGUUGGCCAGCAAGGAGAAGCAGGCGCAGGCGGAGGCGGAGGCCCAGAUGGCGACGCCUUCGGCGGGUACUAAGGACGCAGCGCCGGGAUCGCGUCGGAGCCGUAAGGGGCAGAACCCGACUUCGGAUUCGGCUUCGGCUUCGGCUUCGGCUUCCAGCGCGCGUAAAUAG